AUGAAAAAAGCUUGUAAAAUUUUAGCGAGUCUCACUCUCACUUUACUUGCUCAAAUUGUCAUCGGUGACUACAUUUUUGUGAGUCAAGAACUAGAAGCAUACACAUUUGAUUACUCAGCUCAUAGAGGCCCUAUAGCCUAUUAUUCUUAUUCUGCUGCAGUAGAGCUAAUGACUAAAGUUAAGCUAAUUCCUGCUGUCAAAAAAUAACAUGGAGCGUAUAUCUUGAGUAAAUAAUUAGACACAAGUCAGUUUGAACUUGAUAUUGAAUUCACUAUUCAAGGUAAUCUUGAUAAACAAAGCGGGUUUGUUAUUAAAUUAAACCCUGAGGAACCAGUCUACCCUGAAAGUUUUGGAGACUUUCUAGGGAUAAAGAAAUAAUUCCAUGGUUUUGAGAAUUUAAUAUUGCAGACCAACUCUUGCCCGAUUGAAAUUAACUCAGGUGUAAGAGGUGGUAUAAGAGUGAGACUUGACGAUUCAGGCUAUGAAAUUGAUAUUAGAUAAGCAAAUGGUGAUGUAGAGUACAUGUACUGCAAUAAGCAGGUUGCUUUCGAGAGAUUUAGGCCAUAUCUUUCUAUUGCUGCAUAUAACAAUGAAGAAUUCAUUAACGAUGUGGAUCUGAAUGCCAUUUACGUAAAAAACCGUGAUCCUAGAUCUUACACUGACAAAUAGGCCAUCGAAAAUGAGAGAUUAACAAUGCUAGUUAGGAAAAGCCGUACAGGUUAAUUGAAUGAAUCAGAUAUUCAUCCUCAUGAUUUGCUUUCUGCUUCUAUUAGAUUGGAGUAUAAGAAAAAGUUUUUUAAUUCAGGUGUCUUUAUCGACAUUGAGAGGGAUGAUCAGUUUGAAAUAUUGUUCAAAUACUACGAAUUGCUUCUUAAGUUCAUUAGCAACUUAGAUGACAUGUAUAAUAGAAUAAAUGGCUAUCAAGAAGAUCAAAGCUAUGCUGAGCAAAUACUGUUGCAAUAUGAUAAAAUGGACACUGUAAGAGAAUAAAUCUCAUCAAUAGGGGAAAGAAGCAGUACGUUGUCAGCUGGAUUUGAAAAUGUAAAAAAUGCUGUAUAGAAACUUAGAGAUGAUCCCAUGCUUAAAUCUUUGAUUAAGCAAGAAUUUCCAUCAGAAGAAGAAAUAAUGAAGCUAAGGGCUGCCGAUGGGGAUGAAUAAAUCAAACUUUUACCUACUUUAAUCAAAGCUCUAAGAGUUCUUUAGGAUUAAGUCGAUUAAGUUGCAACCUUGGUCUCUAAAUCAAAUUCAUUGUUUGACUAAUUUAAUAAAGACUUUCCAGAAAUAUUCAUUUCUGAGACAGACAAGCAAAAGUAAAAUAGAGCAAAGUUCGAAUCAAACAAAAAGAUCCCUUAAGAUAUUUUGAAACUAAUGAAAGAAGGAGCUGAAUAGAUGAAAGAUAGUGUUGACUAGGAUUUUGAAGGAGGAUUCCCAAUCCUAAGCUUUUUACUUUUAAUUAUAAUUAUGGGCAUCCUGGAGCCAAAUAAAUAGGAUUUGACUAAGGGCGGCGUCAGCAAGAUGGGAGAUUCAACUAACAGUUUAAAUACCCAAGAUAAGCAGAAGUAGUAACAAUAAUAGAGACCUCCUGGGAAGAGUUUGACUUACAAUGUUGAAAAAAUUAUUGGAAAUGGCACAUUUGGCGUAGUUUACAAGGCCACGGUGGCAGAAACUAGUGAGGUGGUUGCCAUCAAGAAAGUUUUCUAGGACAAGAGAUAUAAAAAUAGGGAGCUUCAAAUUCUGAAGGUGCUGAAGCAUCCUAACUGCAUCGAAAUGAGAUAGUCAUUUUAUACUAACGGAGAUAAGCCGGAUGAGGUUUAUCUUAACGUUGUUAUGGACUUCAUACCCGAAACUUUGAAUAAAGUCAUGAAAACAUAUCUAAAGAUGAAGCAAAUGGUUCCUCCCUUGCUUGUCAAAAUAUAUUCAUAUCAAUUAAUGAGAUCCUUAGCCUAUAUCCACUCAAUUGGAAUAUGCCACAGAGAUAUCAAACCUCACAACGUACUCGUAGAUACAUCAUCCCAUAUUCUAAAGUUAUGCGAUUUUGGAAGUGCUAAACAAUUAGUUCCAGGAGAGCCAAACAUAGCCUAUAUCUGUUCUAGAUAUUACAGAGCUCCAGAACUCAUUUUCGGAAACACUAACUAUAAUACAGCCAUUGAUGUGUGGUCAGUUGGAUGCGUCAUCGCAGAAAUUAUGCUCGGAAGACCAAUUUUCCCAGGAGAAAGCGGAGUUGAUUAAUUAGUAGAAAUUAUCAAGGUCCUUGGUACACCAUCUAAAGAGCAGAUCUUAGCAAUGAAUCCCGAAUAUAAAGAAUACAAGUUCCCUUAAAUUAAGCCAAUGCCAUGGGACAAAGUAUUCCGUUCAAAAACACCCAAAGAAGCAAUCUAAUUUGUUUCAAGUCUCUUAGUUUACGACCCAGCAAGAAGACCAAGACCACUUGCUGCUCUUAUUGACAGCUACUUUGAUGAACUUAGAGACCCUAACACAAGACUACCAAAUGGCAUGCCACUCCCAGAUCUUUUCAAUUUUACUGCGGAUGAAGCGAGAGAUAAUCCAGGCGUUGUGGAGCAGUUAGUCCCAACUUGGUACAAGCAAAGAUAAUAAUGA